CGAUUCCAUUUCCGGUCCCAAAAAACCAGAAAAACCGCAAAACGAGAGAGUGAGUGAGAAAGAGAGAGAGAGAGAGAGAUGGCAAUGGCAAUGGCGCUUCGGAAGCUCUCCUCGUCCGUACAGAAGCCAAUCCGUCCUCUCUUCAAUUCCAAUCCCCUCUUUUACAUGUCUUCUCUACCAAACGAAGCUAUCUACGAGAAGGAGAACUCUCGCGUCGCGUGGCCAAAACAGCUGAACUCUUCCCUCGAGGUCGUUGAUCCGGAGAUCGCCAAUAUCAUCGAGCUUGAAAAGGCUAGGCAAUGGAAGGGACUCGAACUCAUACCGUCGGAGAAUUUUACAUCAGUUUCAGUGAUGCAAGCUGUUGGGUCUAUCAUGACCAACAAAUACAGUGAAGGGUAUCCAGGUGCAAGAUACUAUGGAGGAAAUGAAUACAUUGACAUGGCAGAAUCGCUGUGCCAAAAACGUGCCUUGGAAGCAUUUCGUUUAGAUCCUAAAAAAUGGGGAGUGAAUGUGCAGUCUCUGUCAGGAUCCCCUGCUAAUUUUCAAGUUUACACUGCACUACUGAAGCCCCAUGAGAGAAUCAUGGCACUUGAUCUUCCUCAUGGUGGACAUCUUUCACAUGGUUAUCAGACUGACACCAAGAAAAUAUCUGCUGUGUCGAUAUUUUUCGAGACAAUGCCAUAUAGAUUGGACGAGAGCACUGGUUACAUUGACUAUGACCAGUUGGAGAAAAGUGCCACACUCUUCCGCCCGAAACUAAUAGUUGCUGGUGCUAGUGCUUAUGCUCGACUCUAUGAUUAUGCGCGCAUUCGCAAGGUCUGUGACAAGCAGAAAGCUAUCCUGCUGGCUGAUAUGGCACAUAUUAGUGGGCUGGUUGCAGCUGGUGUUAUUCCAUCUCCUUUUGAGUAUGCAGAUGUAGUGACCACAACCACGCACAAGUCACUUCGUGGACCACGUGGGGCCAUGAUCUUUUUCAGGAAGGGGGUAAAAGAGAUCAACAAAAAAGGGGAAGAGGUCUUGUAUGACUAUGAAGACAAAAUUAAUUCAGCUGUCUUUCCUGGGCUUCAAGGGGGUCCACACAAUCACACAAUUGCUGGCUUGGCAGUUGCUCUCAAACAGGCCACCACUCCAGAGUACAAAGCCUAUCAAGAACAAGUUCUCAGCAAUUGUGCAAAAUUCGCCCAGAGAUUGGCGGAGAAAGGCUAUGAACUUGUUUCUGGGGGAACAGAAAACCAUCUGGUCUUAGUAAACCUGAAAACCAAGGGGAUUGACGGAUCUAGAGUCGAAAAGGUACUGGAGUUGGUUCAUAUUGCAGCCAACAAGAACACUGUACCUGGAGACGUGUCUGCAAUGGUUCCUGGCGGCAUCCGGAUGGGAACCCCCGCCCUCACCUCUAGGGGCUUCAUUGAGGAGGAUUUUGUGAGAGUGGCCGACUUUUUCGAUGCUGCUGUUAACAUAGCCUUGAAGAUCAAGGCAGAAACCAAAGGAGGGACGAAGUUGAAGGACUUCCUGGCCACAAUCCAGACAAGUGCCCCCAUUCAGUCUGAGAUCUCAAAGCUCCGUCAUGAGGUUGAGGAGUACGCAAAGCAAUUCCCAACAAUAGGGUUCGAGAAAGCAACAAUGAAGUAUAAGAAUUGAAGGUCUGUUAUCAUGCAAGGUAGAGGAAGCAUCGCAGAGAAGAUCUUACAUCAAUGAAGAUGAGUGAGUUUGCAGUUCUCCGUAAGAAUGCCAUCUGAUAUCAUGGAUGGAAAAUGGUAAAGUUUGCAUUGUGAAAUGCAAGCAGGACCUUUGAUUUCUAAAUCAUCGCCAUUGAAAUGUAUGUAUAUAUUUAACUGAUGCUUUGCAAUAUAUAACUUCACUUUGAAAUCAAAACCAUGCCUGCGGGAUUUGUCUUUCAAUCUGAUAUCUCCGUAUUUUAAGCUGGUGAAGGUACAAAAGGAUUUGCAUAA